UCGGUGACGGAUCCCGACAUCUGGUCGUUGCUCUUUGCUGAUCCUGCGUCAACCCACUGCUGCUGCUGUCGCUGCUGGGUAGAUCAUGUGUUGCUGCUGCUGCUGGUGGCUGAUACGGGCGCUGUUGGUACUGGUUAUUAUGCACACCGUAGUGCGGCUGCGCGUACUGCUGGAGCGGUGCGCCUGUGGCGGCGAUGUAACAGAUGUGUACGUGUAUGCAGUUGACUCUGCUGUCGAAAAGACCUGGAUAUCGUAUGCUGGGGUUUGCUGGGGCGCCUGUCUGGGAUCCACCGCCACCAAGCCAUUAGCAUAACUACCAGCAUAGUGGCGAUGGCCGCCAUGCUGGUUUUGCUGCUGCUGCAUGUACCCGGGAGAAGUAAAUGCCGACGGGAGAUGGCCCUCGCCUGCGCGUGCCGGACGCUUCCCGUGCUGCUGCCGU